AAAGCUCUUCUCAGUUUUUAGGCGACGGCUGCGAAGGGGGGCGCGGCGGAGGAGAGAGAGAAGGGGGAGGAGGGAGAGAGUCUCUGGAGGGAGACGACGGGGGGAGCUCGAAACCCUAAUCCCGAGGCAGCCCGCGACUCCGAUCGCCUCCGCUCCCCCGACUUUUCUUGCUUCUUUAAGGUGGAGUCACCAUGAGCGGCACCACUAACGACAGAUGUCCGCUUUGCUUGGAGAUGAUGGAUUUGACAGAUAAACAACUGAAGCCUUGUAAAUGUGGAUAUGAGAUAUGUCUGUGGUGUUGGCAUCGAAUAAUGAAUAUGGACCAGAAGGAUGAAUCUGGUGGGAGGUGUCCUGGAUGCCGUUCUGUCUAUAACAAGGAUAGGAUCCUGGGGACAAGCGCCAGGAACCAAAUUUUAAAGGAACUUUGUGCUGAUAAGGCAAACUAUCAAAAAGAACAAACCAAGUCUCAUAAGCAAACAUCUGCAAAAAGUCAGUUGAUACAGUCAGAACCAAAAGAUCCAAAUAAUGUCCGUGUGAUUCAACGGAAGCUUGUUUAUAUUGUUGGUAUGCCAAAUGAGUUCGCCAGCGAGAAGUUGCUGAGACAGAAGAAUUUCCUUGGACAGUAUGGGAAAAUAGAAAACAUUAUCAUUGAUAACAUUGGAGCUAACCAACAGAUUCCUGACUCUGGCCGUGUAUAUGUUACGUUUGCAAGAGAAGAGGAGGCUGUCCGAUGCAUACAGGCGGUUAAUGGCUACAUCUUGGAUGGAAAACCUUUAAAAGCAACUUUUGGUGUCACAAGAUAUUGCCAUAUAUGGCUAAGCAAUAGGGUUUGCUAUAAGACAAACUGCUCUUAUGUACACUAUAAAGCCUCAGCGGAAGAUACUUGUACCAAAGAUGAUGUUUCUGUGGUGUGUGCAAGGCUGCAACAUUUGAUGGGAAUGGAUACCAAAGGUCCCCAUCAUUGCUCAGGACGAACAUUACCCCCUCCAGGUGACUGCAGUUCAAGAACUACAACUUGUAGUGGAAUCUCCAAAGAUAUUUGCAUCAAUGCUGACGGAUUACCACCCAAUGGUGCUAACAAGAAUGCUAGUUUACUACCAGCCACCACUCCACGGGACUCAAGCCUUUCUUCUGGCAGCCCAUCUAUUGCAAAUGCAGUUCUUCAUCGAAGAGAUGACCAUGAGAGCGUAAGCAGUAAUCAGCAAAAUUUGUCUGACCCCAAAUCUAGAAAAUAUAUACCACCUGGAGGGCGUAACAGUUCAAGUACGACAUCAGUACAGCAUAUGCAGCAUUCAUGGAGACCUAUUGAGGGCACUUCAUUGGAGAGCUUGUCGAAUAUGAGUUUAGUUCCACAAGGGUCAAAGGUGCACCUUAAUCAGCAGUUGGACUCCAAUAGUGAUAAAUCUGAAGCAUCUUCACAGUUAGGAAAUGAUGCUUCAAAUUCCAAGCAAACGACCUCAGCAGAAAAUGGAACAUCUGACACUUUGCAGCAAAAACCACAGUAUUCUAAUGUAGUUUCACAAGGACAAGUUGUAUCAAGUCGGCAUUUUACUAUACUUGGCAGGCCUAAAGCAACAGGAGAAAUUGGUAAUGGCACUUCAAGUUCUACAAAACUUCCUUUGGUAAAAGAUGAGCAUAGCGAUUGCAUUACAAUUUCUAGAAGUCAUUUAGUUUCCCAGAGCCUAGAGCAACCUUCACAGCAGGCUUCAGCUACUGUUAAAUCUCAUGCUGGAGCAGAGAAAAAGAAUGGAUGCCCAGAUAGCAUUGAAAAGCUUGUCCCAGGAAAUCAUAAGCAGCUUUCAGAGAGCUUGGCAUCACACAGAUCAACUGUAGUGCAGAGUAUGAGUAUCAGACCUGUGCCCAGCAAUCUUUCUACAUCUGAUGCCAAAUCUCAAGCUACAGCUGGGCACAAUGGUCUUUCAGAUUUGAAGCGCAAGUUGGCAUCACAAAAUCAAUUGAAGCUGGUAAAUCAACAAGGUGCACCUGUUUCUAAUACUGCUAUAGCAAGAGCAAGUAUCUGCCGUAGCACUAUUAAUAAUCAUGUAAAUUUUACUGAUGGUACACAACAAGAUUCAGCACAAGGAGGGCAUGAAAGCUUCAACAACAGUGAAAUGGUUCGAUCAGGUGAUACAGCUGCACCAGAUAGGAAAGAAAGAAAGAGACAGGCUUGUCCUCCUGGAUUUGAGAAGCCUCAUCACUCUUCUGAUUCAGGCAAAUCUGUAUAUGUGAGCUCCCCUGCUUGCUCUGGACUAUGCCCCGCAUCUGAUGCCCUGGUAAAGGAUUCUUGUGGUAUUACAGAUCAACAAGACCUCCCUAGCUGGGCUACAGAUUGCCUGAAAGAUGAUGGAGAUGUCACAAAAAAUCUAAACGUGAGCACCUCUUCACGACUCGGUUCAACUGAUAUAAACCAGAGGCACGGACAGUUUCAAGGUACCUUCUUCUCUGGUUGGUUGAAUAACCUUCGCUUGUCACCUUAUCCUCCACAUCAUAAGCUUGAGUAUUGGGAUGGAACCACCGGUAGGUACAUGUCCACUGGGGGAUAUGAUGCAUUUUGCCAGGGGACAAAAUCAGGCAUGGGAGGUGGUAUGGCGGGCACAUUGCUCCAACAGCCAACAAUGUCAAGCCCUCGUGAUAGCUGCACUAAUGGAAACGCAGAUUCUGGAAUGAAUGGCCCGAAGAUCGACAUCUCUUACCCCAUGUACUCCCUGUUCUAGCACUAGUGCAAGAGGUCCGCUCUCCAGAACCUAACAACAGUCAUGUACAAGUGAUAUGCAUACCUUCUAACCUAGGUGGCAAAAUGGUGGAUGAUGGCGACUAUGGCGUUGGGAACACUUCAUGUUUGUGCUAAAGCUUGUAAAGAUCAAACAUGGAGCUUCAUGUAUAAAGAUUGUGUUGGAUGAUCCUUCUGGGAACAUUUGGUAAAUAACUGUUGGUUAGUAGUAUUGCCAAGGUGUAAUGUGCGCGCGCAUUGUGUGUUGGCAUUUCUGUU